AUGACGGGAGGAUCGAAGUUCGAGGUCUCGAAAUUUGAUGGUCAUGGCAAUUUCGGAUUAUGGCAGACGAGAGUAAAAGAUUUAUUGGCGCAGCAAGGAAUUCAGAAAGGGCUGCGUGCAGAAAAGCCAAAGGGGAUGGAAGACGAUGAUUGGCAAGAUCUGCAGGAACGGGCGGCCGGGACGAUUCAGUUGUGCCUUGCAGAUGAAGUUAUGUAUCACAGGUUAUACGGGCUGAAGAUGCAGGAGGGGACCGAUUUAGGGCAACAUGUGAAUAUCUUCAAUCAUGUUGUCACGGAUUUGGCUUCACUCGAAGUCAAGAUUGAAGAUGAAGACAAGGCGAUGAUUUUACUGUGUCGUUACCUCCUUCUUACGAACAUAUGUUUAUAUGUGAAGGGUAACCGGGAUCGUGGAAGGAAACAGGUGCGGGAUAAUUCAGGAAAUCGGAAUUUCAGAUCCAAGUCGCGAGACAAAUCGAAAGGGAGGAAAACUGUGACAUGUUAUAAAUGCAAGGAACAAGGGCACUUUAAACGGGAUUGCCCAAAGUGGAAGAAACAGACUGCUGAUAUGUCAUCCAAGUCUGCGAAUGUGGUACAGAAUGAGGAAUCUGAUUGCAGUGAUGGAGAUAUGUUAUCUAUUUCGACUGUGCAGUAUGAUGAUGCUUGGAUUCUCGAUUCUGGAUGUUCAUAUCAUAUAACGCCUAACAGAGAGUGGUUUGCUACUUAUAAAUCAGGCAACUCGGGUUCUGUUUUUCUUGGUGAUGAUAGAUGCUGCGGUAUUGUCGCAGUUCUUAAUAAGGGAGAGAGUUCGAGUUCUGCACCUGAUGAUGUUGAUCAUGAUGUUUCUGGCCCAACUGAUGUGCCAGAGAGCUACAAGUUAGCUCGGGAUAGAGUGAGGCGUACCAAUAUACAAGCUCCGGUCAGGUUUGAUUAUGAAGAUAUGGUCGCAUUUGCUCUUACGAUCACUAGUGUGGAUCCUAUCACUAGUGUGGAUCCUUGUACUUUCCAGGAGAUUGGCUACAAGCGUUGUGAGUUUGAUUGUUGUGUUUACACUAAGAGCCUUGCUGAUGGUUCUAUGAUUUUUCUGUUACUUUAUGUUGAUGACAUGCUUAUUGCUGCCAAGAAUAUGCGUGAUAUUGUUGAUCUGAAAAGCCUUUUGAGUCAGGAAUUUGAGAUGAAGGAUUUGGGGGCUGCGAAGAAGAUUCUUGGGAUGGAGAUUUACAGGGAUAGAGGAUAA